AUGAUUGUACUCAUCCAAAUCAUUCCUUACACUAGGAAUUCACUCUCUAAAUUGUUAGAAUCUUUUAUGAGCAUGGUCUGUAAAUUUGGAGAUUCUCUUCAUGUAUUGAUUGCAUUUAAUUUAUAUUUGGAUAAAUUAAGACAGCAACAAGACACCAGUCAAGACAUGACUCUCUUCUCCAAUGCAAGAUUUAAACAAUUAGCAAAGGCGUUGAAACAUAAUUUACAAAGCAAGUCAGAUCGAUUGAGAUUGGAAACUCUCAAACUUUUAACACAAUUUGAGCAAGAUGAAAUUCAAAAAGGAAUGACUUUGAAUAAGGUUGAAACUACAAAAUGUGUCAUUUUAGAAUAUUUGAGGGAUUCAGAAGAAUGUGGAUUUGAUUUUGAUCAAUCUCGAAGUAGAGUAGUCCUAUUAGAGAAGGCAAAUGAGUAUUUGAAGAGAUAUCACUCAACUAUUCCUCAAUUGUACAAGACUCUACUCUCUCAUUAUAUAUUUGGUGCUUACUAUACUAAAUAUAGUAUUGUCUGGGAACCAACUCAUGAAUUGGCACAAAGUGUGAGUCGAACCAAUUUCAAUGAAUUUUGGGAAUUACUCAUUUCAAAUCUAUUACAUGUCUAUGAUAAAUAUGGACAAUAUAGAAUUGAGAAAAAUCAAGAGAAAUCCAUGAUUUAUCGAUCUAAAAAGCGUACCUCUGAUCAACAUACGAUCAAUUUUGAAACGUAUUCAAGAAAUGUCAAGAAAAUUGAAAAGAUUACAGAUAUUGAAACCAUCUUUGAUAAGGUCAUGAAAGAUCAUUCCAAAGAACACACUCAUUAUGAUACCUAUCUUCCAAUGAUAUUCAAAGAUUUUUCAAUGUGUGCAAAAGAUGACCAAAUUGCCAAUCAGAUAUUAUCAAAGUAUUUCAUGCAUUCUAUGAAAAUGAAUUGA